AUGUCGAAACCGCAGUUCGACCGCGCCGACGCCAGCGCGCUCCUCGACGACAGAGGCUAUCGCGGAGCCCUCAUCAGAGGACAGAACCCCGCGCUGCUCUUUGAAAAGGGUGUACGUGAGCGCAUUACCGAGUCAUACUACUGGAAAGAGCAAUGUUUCGGUCUGAACGCUGCAACUCUAUGCGACCGCGCGGCAGACCUCAAGUUCAUCGGCGGGACAACAGGAAUUACGGGCAAACCUACGCCAUUUCUAUGUCUAGCAUUCAAGAUGUUGCAGCUGGUACCGGACAAGGAAAUCAUACUAGAGUACCUGAACUUUCGCGACGAUGAGGAGGACGAGGCACAAAACGGCGAGAUAAAGAAGGAGGGAAACGGUCACUCAUCAGAAGACGAGGAUACGACCAAGAAAGCACUCGACCUAAACGCAGCAGGAAAACUUGGCGACUUCAAGUACCUGCGCUGCCUCGCCGCCUUCUACAUCCGCCUUGCUUGGGAGCCCGUCGAAAUCUACACAACCCUCGAACCCCUCCUCACCGACUACCGAAAGAUUAAGCGACGCCUCAAAGACGCCUUCACACUCACAUACGUCGACCAGUUCAUCGACGACCUCCUCACAAAAGACCGUAUAUGCGCAACAAGUUUGUGGAAGUUGCCGUCACGCGCGAACCUGGAGGAUCUAGAUAUGCUGGAGCCGAGGGAGAGUCCGUUGGGCGAUGAAAUUGAUGAGCUGGAUGAGGAGCUGGACAAGAGAAGUGAUGCAAGUGCGAGGAGUUACAGAACCGGAGUCGUAGCAGAAGUCGCAGCUAUGAUAGCCGGGAUCGGGGAAGAAGUCGCAGUCCAGGAGAGCCGAGUCGGUCAAGGAGCAGGACACGCAGUAGGAGUACAAGUCGCAGACGGGACUAGAUUUAUGAGAAUGAAUUGCUGCUGA